UGUAAAUAGCUUAGUUUUUAAUUAAAAUUAUGCAAAAUGCAUUACAUCGAGUGCCUUUUAGGCACUGCCGACUUAUGCUGUGCGCACAAAUCCUUCGGCGUAGCUACAGCAGCGACAUACGCAACAUUGGCAUCCUGGCGCACAUUGAUGCAGGCAAAACCACAACAACUGAACGCAUGCUUUACUAUGCGGGCAAGACACGCUCCCUGGGUGAAGUGCAUCGCGGCAAUACGGUAACGGAUUACCUAACACAGGAACGCGAGCGUGGUAUUACCAUAUGCAGUUCCGCUGUUACAUUUGGCUGGAAUGGUAAGCGCAUCAAUCUAUUGGACACACCUGGUCAUAUAGACUUUACGAUGGAGGUGGAGCAAUCGCUACAUGCAGUGGAUGGUGUAAUUGUAGUGCUGGAUGGCACAGCUGGCGUAGAAGCGCAAACUGUAACAGUAUGGACGCAGGCUGACAAGCAUAAGCUGCCACGACUUGUAUUUGUUAAUAAAAUGGAUCGUCCAGAUGCCGACUUUGAUAGAUGCGUGCAGGAUUUGAGAAAUAAACUAGAGACGACACCUGUUUGCUUGCAGUAUCCUACCAAAAGCAUUGAGGGGCAGCUAAGCAUAUACGAUGUCAUUACCCUGGAACACUUGAGCUGGCAACAAGGUGAUUUGGGGCGUAGCUACAAGCAGUCAAAGCUAGAAACUGCCGAACUGUCUGUUGAGUUGCAAGAGAAACGCAAUGAGCUCAUUGAUCAGCUGUCUGGCCACGAUGAUGAGUUAGCUGAGGUGGUUAUAAGCACUGAAAGCUUUGACAAGGUUAGCAAUGAGCUUAUAAUGCAGGCAUUGCGCCGUGCCACCUGCCAGCAGAAAGUAGUGCCCGUGCUGCUGGGCUCAGCAUAUAAAAAUAUAGGCAUACAACGCUUAAUGGAUGCAGUCAAUUCGUAUCUACCCGCACCAGCGGAACGGAAUCAGAUAUAUGAGUGCUUUGGCAAUGAGUUUGCUGGUAAGGUUUUUAAGAUUGUGCAUGACAAGCAGCGUGGAGCUUUAACGCUGGUGCGUCUCUUAAGUGGUGAACUGAAGCGUGGCAUGCGUUUAAUAUGCUCACGUGGACAGGCGGAAACAGUAACAAAAAUCUAUGAGCCGCUGGCGGAUGAAUAUCGUGAAGUGAGCGCUGUGCAAACAGGCGACGUAGCUAUCUGCGCGGGCUUGAAGACGACAGUUACUGGAGAUUUGCUCAGCAGCAGUCAUGCGUCUUUGAAGAACGCACAAAAGCGUUUGCUAAAGAGUCGCAAUAGCAACACUAAUACGGCAGAGGAUGAGGAUUUGGAUGAUGAACUUUUUACAAUUGAACCACAAAUACCUGAUGCUGUUUACUUCUGUUCAAUUGAACCACCCAGCAUAUCGGCGCAAACAGCUAUGGAGCAUGCGCUUAGUCAGCUGCGACGUGAAGAUCCCAGCUUGCGUGUUAGCUACGAUGCGGUAACAGGCCAAACCGUGCUUGGUGGCAUGGGUGAGCUGCAUAUGGACAUUAUCAAGUCACGCAUGUUAAGCGAAUAUAAAAUUGACGUGGAUCUGGGACCGCUACAAAUAGCUUAUAAGGAAACCAUUGAAGCGCCAGCGUUAACAACAUUAAGCGUAGAAAAGGAAAUCGCUGGUAGCAAACAAAAUGCUAGUCUUACCUUGGAAUUGGUUAAUGAUCAGAGCGAGCUGUUUAGCUUGGCCAAAACGCCGGAAAAUGUGCAACAUUUAAAUGCGCUGCGUCCGCGACUAAUACAAGUGUUGCGUAAGGGUGCAUUGAGCGCAUUGGAGCGCGGUCCACGUGUGGGUGGACAGGUGGUGGAUACGCAAAUAUUAUUGCACAAUGCCACUAUAGCACGUGGUACGGCGGACUCUUUUGUUAUGGCCACAGCAGCACAGUGUGUGCAAAAGCUGCUAAGCAUGACGGGCACACGACUGCUGGAACCGAUUAUGGCUUUAGAAAUUGUAGCACCCAACGAGCAUACCUCAGGCAUUUUGGCUGAUUUAUCCAGAAGACGUGCGCUCAUCAAAGAUGUUAUGCCCAAAGGUGAUAGAAACAAGCUAAUUGUCGUUAAUGCACCGCUGGCCGAACUCUCUGGAUACUCAAGUGCCUUGCGCACCAUCAGCUCCGGCACAGCCAAUAUGACGAUGCAGCCUUGUGGCUUUGCAGAAAUGAACUCCUCAGAUGAAUUGAUUGCCGUGCGGCGUGCUCAAGGAUUAGAGUAGAAUAUAGGUAACUUGUACGUU